CUGUGAAAAUAGAGGAGUGUUUUAUGCCGAAGAAUCAAGUAAAGGCAAUGUUUCUAUUGAUUUGUUAAACCCUUUGUGGCAAACAGUGAAAGGGAUCAAAGCAGACAGAGGAAUCCCAUGGAUCUUACCUGUUUCACUCUCUACACAACUCUGCAGUGUCCAGUUUUAAAAAAACAAUACCUCUGACAGUAAAUAACGAUCGAGUCUCGUCCCUUGUUAGGGGGGGUACUGAUAUUUUAAAAGAUUUUUUUCUAAUUUGGAAGAGCUAUAGUUAUAAUUGUUCUGGGUAAAACUGAACGCGGUUUCACUGACUUUGAAGGAAAUGAUAACAGGUAAAUAUUUUGCUGAAGGGGGGACACACGCACUGGCUUUGAGGGUCAUGGGGCGACCCUUCCUUGUUAUCCAGAAACACGCUAGUAAAGUGAUGAGUUUCGAUUGCCGGUCGGUCGGGGGGCCUUGAUCAAAGGGUGUUUUGAAUUGGCUUGACAUGCACAGGCCUGUCUUUCCAAUAAAACUGCCAAUUGCCUCCGCACUGACAGCGCCCGCUGCGGCUUUCAAAGCGAGGAUGUGAAGGUGACAUUCGCGUUAAAUAACAGCGUCUACCUCCACUUUCCUCCGGCACAGAUCAGCGAGGCAUAAAACACUGUAACGAGCAAAACUAGCUAUAAAGGUCGACACAAAGACAAGACAACCGCAUUCACAGUAACACGUUCACAUCAGUUCAAAACACACUAAAUACUUGUUUGUAUUCAUGUAUUAUUAUUAAUAAAUAAAAUUAUUUUGCUUUAUUCAAAAAAUGCAUUUAAAAAAUAAAAAUGUAGAGGUUUUUUUUUUUUCAUUUGUAUUUGGAGAAAAAGAAAAAUUACGUUGGGACUUGAAAAAUUAGUAAUUUAGCCUUUAAACCCCAAAAUAUUGCUGUGUGUGCCCAUAUUUAUUGUCAGUAAUUUAAAUCCUCACCUAGAAAUAAUACCUGUUUAUGGCCUGUGGAUGAUAUUUUGUGCCAAAAUUUAAAUAAAUAAAUCAGUGCAGAGAAAGUAUUUAAUCAUGUAGAUGGAUAGAUAUAGAUGGAUAGAGAUAGAAAGAUAGAUCACAUUUAUGUAUUUAUUCAUUCUUUUCAUGUUUAUUCUGUGAUUUUUAUUUAUUUAUUUUGUCACAAAUAUCCUAAACUCGAAUAAAACCCGCGUUUGUCUGCCCCUUUCUCACGUCCUGUAGCACCCUUCAUAAAAGCAAACUACAUGACAAAUACGGGUAGUCUUAAUUCCAAAAAAAAUGUUGACACAGAUUUAAAAAAUAUAUAUUUAUUUUAUCUUCUACCGCAUUAAUUUAUGCAUUUGUAUACAACUGAGUCAAUAGUUUGACCAACGUAACUGUAAUUGCAGUUGAGGCCUGUGCGUCACAAUGAGCCGCGGCCUUGAGUUGCGGUGGCCCGGCAGACGUGAUGAGAGUCGGGGGGCGCAACAGCGAAAAUGUCGCUGCCUUGGAUCAGCGGCAAUGAGGAUACGCGCAAUAGAGAGAUUCUGCAGCUUCGCAUGCCGGGGGAAGUCUUUCUCUGUGCCUUUGCCGGGUAUAUCGGAUUUACUGUCUUUUUUAAUAUAAUCAGGAUGUGACCUCAUCGGAAGAUGUCAGAGGCCUCCCGGGCUGGGUGAAGGACCUGAGGGACAGCGGUGCGAACGUCACGCUGUCCGAGGCGGGCGGGCUGGAGUGCGACGGGCUGGGGAACAGGCAUCGCUUCCGCUACGUCAUGGAGCCCGUCCGCCUCACAGUGGAGGGGUACGGAGGCCCACCCUUGCAGGGGGCAGGCAAAGGGAGCAGCAACCACGGGCAAGAGCGAACCAGACAGCAGCUGAGGAAACACGCCCCUUACGUGGAGAGGGAGGCGAGCAGCACCUACAACACUGACAAGGAGAAGGUGGCCCGGAGAAAAGAGCCUGAAGAGAGCAGGUCCAGAGAGCCGACGAGCGAGGCGAACAGGAGGAGGCUCCCGCAGACCCAGGGCCUCUACCAGAGCCCUGUCAAGGAAGCAGAAUGCUCCAGCCGCUGUGAGAGCCUCCUCAUCCCCAGACAGGAAGCAGAGACCAGGAUCAACCGGAGCCCGAAACGCAUAGGGGACAGCUUGAGCAACGGGUAUAGGAGCGGCAGACUGACUGUCAAAACAGAGCGACCAAGCGGCUACCGCAGUCCCAAACAAAGAGAGGCCGACUGCACCAAGAGCCGCAGCUACCAGGCCAGCCAGGGGCGGUGCCCGGACAUGCAGGAGGCAGGGCGGCUGAGUAUGGGCUCCCCCUUAGGUUCGCCCGGUGAUCGCAGCCCGCCUCCAGAGCCUCAGCGGACGCACCAGGAGUCUCCCGAGGUUAGCCCUGCUCCCCCACCCUGCUCCCCUGGUCCCCAAACCCCGGACUACCCCUGCACCAGACAUUCUGAAUGCAGCAACAGGCGAGAGGGCUGCUACUACCGUCAGACUGCAGAAUACAGCCAGCGCCACCCCCCCCUGGGACACAACCAGGAGCAGCUCUCCAGUCCUGGGACCCGCAAGCGCCAGCUGUUCCGGUACAGCGAGGAAGAUCCUGCAGAGAAACACCUGAACAGCGUCCUUGGUCAGCCGACUCUCUGCAACCAGGCUCUGCCCCCUCUGAUCCAGGUGCGGGCGGUCUAUAGGGGGCAGGGGCAAGCGCCACAGUAUAGCCAACAGCAGCAGGCACCCAGACACCUGAUUCCCCAGCAGCAGCCUCUGCAUCAGAGCCACCAGCAGUCACAGCACAGGAAGUCUUCCUCUCCAGACAGGCGCUCCAGGAGGAUGUGAGCGCAGUAUCAGCGGGGAGACCACUAGAGGGAAGCACUGCGUUACCAAUCUAUAUAUCGCUCCUGCAGACGCACACAGACAUGUACAGAGACACACAACACUUGAAAUAAAAAAGGCAUUGUUGGGUUCUUUCUUUCA